AGUGUCAGCUUCUUCCGGUCUCUUUUCGUUGAGGCUCAGCUAACGGCCGGCCUGCAAAGAUGCAGAUCUUUGUGAAAACAUUAACGGGGAAAACCAUCACCCUUGAGGUUGAACCCAGUGACACCAUCGAAAAUGUCAAGGCGAAAAUUCAAGACAAGGAAGGAAUCCCUCCUGAUCAGCAGCGUCUGAUCUUCGCUGGAAAACAGCUUGAAGAUGGACGCACACUGUCAGACUACAACAUCCAGAAAGAAUCAACCCUUCAUCUGGUUCUUCGUCUGCGCGGUGGCAUCAUUGAGCCCUCACUCAGACAGCUGGCCCAGAAGUACAACUGUGACAAGAUGAUCUGCCGCAAAUGCUAUGCACGUCUGCACCCACGUGCCGUCAACUGCCGCAAGAAGAAAUGCGGACACACCAACAAUCUUCGCCCCAAGAAGAAGCUGAAGUAAACAUCGUGGCUGCAUUGGCUCUGUCUGCCAUUAUGUGUUGAAAUAAAUGUAAGAAAAGUUA